AUGUUUUCCUGCGACAUCGCGAAGUCGGCCUGCUUUGGUGGGCAUGUCACGCCUGCUGUCCCUUCCAAGCGUGCGCCCUGGGUCAUGCAGUCGACACGGACUCAAGGGCCGCCUGGCAGCGCGGAUGGGCAGAUGGCCAAGUUCCAGGCGCAGAUCAAGCGUCUGGAGCGCGAGCUCGAGAAAGCGAAGCUUCAGCAGUCACCAGCUGGGCGUUCCUCCACGGCGUGCCAGGAUGACGAUGGCGAGUGCGAACUGGCCCCAGGCAGGGACCGCAUCGCGGCCACUGAUAAGAAGCUCGGCACCAUCGCCUCCUUGGCGGGUGGGAUCUGGAGCAGCAUCAAGGCCGACCUUCGCGCCGAGCGGCAGGCUGAGCAGAAGCUCCCCAAGCCCAAGAUGCACGAGAACGCUUGCCGCAAUCGCGUGGUCGACGCGGAGAAGGCGCUCCAGGAAGCGGACGCCCGUGUCUCGGAGCAGGAGCAGCUCCUGGCGCGGCUGAAUACGCAGCGGGCGGCCCUGGCGUCUCAGGGGGCGGCGCUCGCCGCGCCGUCGUCGGGUGCAUCCACGGAGGCUACCGUCUUGCAGCUGGGCUCGGACAUGGCGCGGCUGCUGCUGGAGCAAGGCCUGGACGAGCUCGGCGUCCAGGUGCCCGACCUAUGGGGCUUUGCGAUCACGCUGUGCGAACAGAUUCCGCAGUGCUCGCAGCAGGCGCUGGCGCGGCUCGAGGCACCUGUCAGCCGAGCGACGUUGAGAGGCGCAACCUCGGUGGUCGAGGCCACGCCCUCUGCUGCGCCUGAGGCCCCAGAGCCUGACGUGGCGCAGAUGCGCUCCGAGAUCGCCGCAGGGGGAGUGUCCCCACUAGCUGACGACGAAGAAGCGCGCGCGUAG